CCAUGCGACGCGACGCCUCUCCGCGCGGCGCGGUCACUUUCGCGCGACGCCCAGAGGGAGCCACCGAGCGCGGGAACGUUCAAACGCGAUCCUGCGACCUCUGCCGGCGACGGGUGGAGUUCGAAGCUAGUGGCAGACGCGAAGAGUUCGGAGAAGAUAGAAGAAGCGAGCGUGCCUAAACACCCCUGAACGAGAAGGAAUCGACGGAGAAGAGAGGUUAGGAGUUUCCCCACAGAGGAGGAAAGAACUGGUGUUAUCGAGGCAUCCUUUUUGAGAUUGGAGUGGCAAAGUGUUGGCGCGUCACGCGAGGACGCGGCAGUUCCGCGCAGUUCUCGCCGCGACGCCCAGGGACGCUUACAUCCGCGUCGUCAGGAGCAAGGCUCUCCCGAGAGCGAACGUCGAGAUCCUCGAGUACAAAAUCCGGGACCUCGAGAGGUGCGAGGACCGAACUUGCACCGAGGAGAAAUGUAAAGUGGCCAGAAGGAGGAAGACCUCGCGCACCGAAGGAAACUUCUUCAACAAACAAAUCGUUACCAUGAGCCGGCAGCCUUUCACGUCGAGCCGGAGCACCGGGAAUGGCGGGGGCGAACCUUUGAUCGUCGUCGAAGAGAGCACCCUCGCCGAGGAGGAGGCCGAAAGUCAGAGGAACGAAUCUCCCCCGAGAUGCGUGGACCCAGAUUCCCCGACAUUGAACCCCUACUUGCUCUCCCCCUGGCGAGAAACCCGGAAGCACUCCCUGCCCACGCCGCAAUGCACUUCCGGAAUAACUGCAUCUCAGGUUCGACGUCUCAGCGAAAGGGGCGGCGAGGGCUCUGGACCGUCGCCCAUGGAAGCCGCUUUUCUUGCAACUUUGUCUCAAGCACCAGCCCCGCAACCAGGAGGUCGAAGACACUCGGUGGUGACCAUCUCCAAGGUACCUCCAACACUUUUUGGUCAAGCCCGACGCGAGUCGAUCGCUGCUUUCCCUCUUGGAGGCUUCUCCAGGAUCCUCCAAGGUCGGCGGGAUUCCACCCCCUGUGUACCGCCAACCAAUGCCGGGAGCACUCACAAUCUUCAGCUAGACAUUAUGGACGACAUAGCGGAUAUUAAAAUGAGAAAGGUGCGCAUGAAGAUGUGGAAGACCCCAUCGCACGAGCGGGUCUGCGAGGUGCAACCCCUGGAGGGUAAUUCCGGAGCCCAGAGAUACACCCAGUACCAACAUCGUAGGUUUUCGGAUUUCGCUUUGACGUCGACCCCGUUGCCGCCUACCGCAAUGCGAAGACGAGCCUCCGAGAUGCCUGCGAAGCCUCCCAGCAUCCCUCGACCUACGACCUCUCAGACCGCAGGCAUCGUCUGCUCGAACACCGACCUGAUCUCCAUCCUGAGCUCGCUGGCCUCUUCGGCGACGGAGAUCAACAGAUGCGGAGAGGAGGCGCCCUCGAAGGAGCAGCUGAAGUCGGGAUCCGUGAAGUCGCUGGAGCAGCGACGAAAUCGACUGAAGAGCUUCCGAUCGAACAGCUUCGACGUGUCCAUUUUGCACGGGACCGAAGCCGACCAGCAAGCCGGAAGCAGCUCCAAGCCCACGCCCUCGAAUUGGUUCAUAAAGCGCCACCAGCCUAUGGCCAAGAAGCAGAGGAGCGAAGACGUCGCCCCGGCCUCGCUCUCCUUCAAGGACGAGAAGUCCAAGAUGACGGUCGAGGCCAAGACCUCGCCGACCAAGGACUGUGCUCGUCAAAAGGUGGUCUGGGAUGACACCAGUGGGACCAAGGUCGACGCACAGGUCAUUGGCAGCGUCAUCGAGGGGUUCCUCACCUCGCAGAGAGGAGCCGAAGUCGACAAUGGAGCUGGUACCUCUUCGGGCAAGCCAGGGUCAGCUGGUCCCAAGCCGAGGUCCAGUCCCAGCAAGGUCGCCAGUUGGUUCUCCGGAGGCAACAAGGAGGAAGAGCAGACCGAGUCCUGCGACACCUCGUCCCUCUGCUCCUCCCUGAAGGACCUCUUCGUCAAAUAAGCUGGUCGCCUCGAAAAGCAAGCGUUAGGAUGUCCCGAAGAGUCCCGUAGGAUGCAACGUUGCGCAUAUCUUGGGAGACCAGGAAUAUGUCCCUUAAAAACCCUCAGUAUAUAUACUUACAAAUAUGUGUAUGUAUAUUUUCAGCUCUCGUACACAGUCCGGGGAGAAAGACGAGCUGCGCGUUAUGUCGGAACUCAUUGGCAGGUUCCUUUGACUUGUUUCUAUGACCAGGUAUUCUCAACGGGGUGUCUUGCGGGAUAAAGUAUAUUAAAUAUAAUAAUACUCGUGGAGGAUUCUAAGUGGGCAAAAGUCGCGUGGGAUGAUGAGCGCGGAUACGAUAACGCCUUUGCAGGUCAAAGGUGGCUUUUAUCGACGACGACUGUAUAUUAAUAUAAAUUAAGUUACAUAUAAUUAUAUACACGACUGUAUAGAUGUUAUGAUUCGCUCCUUAGCGAGGAGGUAGUCCGGUGUAACCUGCGUACACCGAUAAUUUUACAUAAAGCUGAACGUGUAAGGAAAGGGAUAUAUAUAUAUAUCGGUGUCACGUCAUUAUGUGAACCUCGCGAUAUUCGUUACAUAGCGGAGCCCCCGGAUCGCUUCAUUAUCAUUGCGCCUUUGAUUGCGCGUUACGUUACGGUCAUGUUUCCAUGCAGAGCAUUAUUUAACAUUAUGUAUAUAUUACCUAAAUGCAACGUUUCAUGUGUCGACAUCAUGUUCGCCGAUAUUUGACAUGUACUCGUUAACCCUUUGCGGUUCGAUUUAACGUAAAUUGCCAAUGCUGUUCUCGUAUCGGACGAAACUGCACCUGAUGGGACGUACCCUGUAACCCCGAUCGAAUCGCAAAGGGCUAAAUACGUAUUUAAUGGGAUUUAAGAGAUAAGAAAUUAUGUUACCCAAAUAUUGCAUACAAAUAUGUAAGUACAAACCCAUCUACGCGGUGUUUCUUGGACUCGGACAUCGGUCCUGCUGGCAAACCUUACAACAAUCUCUUUAAUUACCCUGAAAGGAUAUGUUAUUAAGCCCUCGAUUUAACGAAAGACUUUCCUCACUUUUACAGGACAGUACUCGAAGAGGGAUCCUUGGAUUCAUUUUCAACUAGCCUUAAAAAGGUUUCAUUUCUAAACCCCUGAUUUCGCCAACCGUUCACGCGUCGCCUUCUAACUUGCAAGGGAAAACGGGAAGACUCAUUAGAAAGAGAAAAGUGAAGCGACAAUCUUUUAGAACCUGACAGUAGUACAUGCAAGAAAUACCUAGAAGACCAAAGUCUGCAUCGUAACUUCCCGAAAGUCUUGCCGGUAAGGGGUACCGUUUAGCCUCGUAGGACGAAAAUAAGGACCACGUUGUGAAUACAUUAUUACUAAAUUGUCAAAAUAUGGGGACGAGGUGUAAACAUUUCGUCUUUCUCGAAAAAGCAAAAAAACGCUCGACGUCGCGAAGGGGAGCGAUGUAUUUAGCUCUGUCAUAAAACUUCAAUCCUGACUGUCAGAUGUAGCCUUAAAGAGAGAGGGAAGAGGUAUGAUUCGUAUGCCUUAUAUACAGGAAACCGUGGACUCGCUCUAUCUACAGGAAUUAAAGCUAAUUUUUCACUGACUCCCGGAAGUGCUGGUUUGCAAUUCUUUAACUCGGAACAAGUGAAUAAUGCCCAGAAGAGUUUGGCCAAUCCGAGGAACUAUAAAUUAUCGACCAAUUAUCCGCCGUAACCAGGAGACGGGGAACACGUUGAUCGCUUCGUAACUAUAUUUAACAAUGGGUGCAUUCAGAGGAGACAACUGUUGAGUGAUCGGUUGGCGCUCAUCUGCUGAAUGGGUACGUUUACUCAACAUGUUUACUGAUCAGACCAUUCUGAUCGCCAUUUUUGCACCCUUUGGGUGC